GCGCGGCUGGGCGACGGCGACGCCGCCGUGCGGCGCCUCGCGUGCGCGGCGCUGGGCCAGGUCGCCGGCAGGGGCACCGAAAGCGCCGUGGCGGCGCUGCUGGGGCGCCUGGAGGACAAGGACGGCGGGGUGCGGCGAGCUGCGCUGAGGGCGCUGGAGAAGGUCGCCGAGAAGCAGGACGCUAAGGUGAUGCAGGCGGUCUUCGCCCGCUGCAACGACACGGAAGCCUUUGUGCGGCACAGUGCCGCGGAGGUGCUCAGCAGAUUGGCCGAGGAGGGCAACACGCAGGUGCUCAGCCGCAUGAUAGAGCUCGGCGAGGACCGCGAUGCACGGGUUCGCUGUGCUGCCACGGAGGCGCUCGGCAAGCUGGCCGGGCGCGGGGACAGCCGCGUCCUCUCGUCACUGCUGGACCGCCUGGACGACGAGUGCGACGCUACGCGCCGCGCCGCCGCCACCAGCCUGGGGCAAGUGACCUUCGCGCCCCUGGCGGAGCUGGAGGUCCAGGAGCGGCACAUCAAGGAUCUCCAGUUCCGAGGGCAGCACGAGGUGUCCGCCCGCGACCGCACCAUCGCGGAGAUGAGGAUCCAACAUGCGCAGGAAGUGGCACGUCUGCAGUUCCGCGUCGACGAGCUUGAGGAGCGUCUGCGCUCAGAGAGCCAGAGCUCCUCACAGCGCAUUGAGCAGUUGGAGCAGCAGGUCAAGGAGCAGGAAUGGGUCGCCGGCGUCUCCAUGGUGAUCCCACACGCAGGCCGCGAAAUCUAG